AGCGCAUCACUAACCCAGACACAACAUGUUUACAAAUGGCGGACAAAAAGAAACCAAAUUCUGCCGAUGACCGUCCACAAGAAACUGAUAGGCAAUUUCUAGAGAGAUACAGCAUUGGAACUUUGAUGAAAGAUGUUUUGGGUAAAAUUGUCAGUAAUAGACCAAAGGACCCCAUUACAUUCCUCUCAGAUUAUUUUGACUCCCUAGAAGACCAGUCAAACUUGGUACUAAAAGCUCGUAACAUUAUUGAAAUGACCCAUCAUAGCCGGCCUGUGUUUGAGAUGAAUGUGCGUCAAGCCUAUGACAUAAUGCUCAAGCAAAAAGAUUUUGGAAGGAAGUCUUCAGAUUUAGUGUUUUUGGAGGAGGAUAUUGGUAAAAGACUCUAUGGAGUGAAUGGAACUUCCUACACAGACCUAAUUAAGACCCUUUGCAGGGAUAUGCCACAACCUGUUACAACCAAACUUCUCAAGAAAAUUGAAUGCCUAGACUAUGAAGCCAUUACCUUUGAUGUCUUUAAGUCUGGUGUCUUCACAUGCUGUGUACUGCAAGAUUACGUGAAGUUAUGUGAGAUGCUGUUUAACUCACUAGACUUUCAGAGUUCUGGAAAAGUUGACAAAAUUUUGUCAGAUGUUGUCAACGAACAACUAAAAGCAGCUUUAGCAAAUACGCGGACAGACGCUCGAAAUCCAUACACAGGGCAGACUGAUCCAUUUUCUUUGUCAAUUGUAGAAGCUGGGUAUAACCUGGGACCAGAUGGACUGUUUUAUGCCCUAGAACGAGGAAUGAGAAGUAAAAGCCAACUCGGAGGUCAAACAUUGGAACAGUUUACCAUAGAAAUUUGUGAUGCUUUUCUAUCAAAGGUGAAGCGACUUAGAUAAUCUCAAUAUUCGAAAAGAGAAAGAGCCUGUGGUGGUUUUGGAUAUUUAUUGCCAUAUCGUACACGCAGCGGAACUUUUCUCUUCAACAACAAAACGCAAAGUUCCUACAAACCCAACAAAGUGAAGAAACACCAUAUGCCACUUUUCCAAAUUACUGAUCGUGUAACAAAUUCAAGACAGACAAAGACUGUCAAAAUAUUGAUAUCCUAAAUAAUUAUUAUAAUGUAUAGACACCCAGACCAUUUUCUGGGAAAUGUAAAGGGGGUUAUUAAUUUACAAUUUACAAAGUUGUUUUUUUUUUGUAAUAAAUUAUUAAGAAACAAA